AGAAUCGGGCCCGAUCGGCCGUGAUUGGGAUCUUGCCUGUUGACGAUUUCUUUUUCCCUGUCAAUAUCACCUCAUCACUUGUGCAGUUCUUCACACCAUCACCUCAGACUCCAGCUUGAGAUUGCCCUGUCAACUUCAAGGAACCACUUUGUCUUGUCCUUCCUGAUAGUUCUCAACGCGACUCUCCAUGUCGGCCGGUCUGGCCUCCAGACGCGCCUUUUAAGUCGUGCUAGCGAGCCAAGAUCGACGGCUUCUCUAGAUGCAGUGCGAUUCGUCCCAGACCGCCGCAUUCUGUUGACGCCCCUCGAAGCUCUUGCCGGCCCUCAUGGAUGUAUGUCUCCUGCGAACACACGGAAUGCGUAGGGCUGUUGGCGCCCCUGUGGUGUCAACACUCCUUAUCCUCCUGCUUUUGGUCGUUCCCACUUUCACGGCAGUCCCAUACGCUCCUUCACAGCUCCUCUACUCCUCAAACAGCAUUGGCUCCUUUGCCUACCUCUUGCAGACCACUGGUACUAGCCAGGAUGCUUCUACCGAGUUCAUCACGUGGAAUGUGUCAGGGCAAAUCAAUACUGCGAGCCCCAGCUACAAUAUUCUGAUGGACCCAUUGCCGUUUCAACUUGACGAAAAAUCGCCCGCCUUUGUGUCUGUAAUCGAUCAGCAUGGAGUGAUCAAGAUGUUUGUAGGCAACUGCCAGAAAGCCCUGGACAAGGCGGGGAUGUGGCAGUUUACGCCCGACACCAACAGCUCCACUGGCGAUGGAGUGUGGGAGAAGCUCACUGUGAUGGAAAGCAGUACAGGCGCCAGUGUGGAUGGGCCGAAUUACCUCUCUGCGGGCUUUGCAUAUGCGGCCACCAAUACCUCCGACAGCUCCGUCUACGCCUUUGGGGGCAUGUGCCCUUUCUCGAAUGCCUCGGAAACAGAUUGGAUAGCUGCCGCCAAUUACUCCCAGUCCAUGAUAGUCCUUGAACCGUCGGGCUCCGGUAGGAUUGAUUCCUAUGACGCUUCAACCACCGGUAUUCGAGCACCGCCUAUUGCAGAGGCUGGCUUCACAAUCACUCCAUUGCAGGCCACCUAUGCAUAUUCAUCGAGUGGUGAGGUGCGUCAGCAACAGGACUUCCUUCUGAUCGGUGGCCAAACCCAGGAGGCAUUUAUCAACAUGUCGCAGCUGGCGGUUUUCUCUCUUCCCCAGAAUAGCUGGAGCUUUGUGACGGUCGAUACCGCAUCUGCUCCCUACAAGACCGAGCUCGCUGCGCGGGGAGUUUCCACGGCAGAACCGAGGUCAGGACACACGGCAGUUCUUUCCCCGGAUGGAAGCAAGGUCAUAGUGUACGGGGGCUGGGUCGGUAAUACUAGCGUCGCUGCUCAACCGCAGCUAGUUAUACUAGAGCUGGGAGAGACCUACGGAGGCUCCGGUGACUGGUCUUGGAGCAUACUGUCUACCGAAGAAACUGAAAUCGCAGGAGGGGGUGGGCUUUACGGACAUGGAGCAACAAUGCUACCUGGAGGCGUUAUGAUGGUUGCAGGUGGGUACAGCAUACCGCAUUCAUCAUCGUUGUCGACAUCGAAACGUUCAGCCACGCCGUCUCAGCCCAACACGCAGGUCUAUCUGUACAAUGUUACUUCAGAGAAAUGGGUUUCGUCCUACCAAAACCCCGAUUCCAUUGUCAUCCGGCAGCAUUCAUCCGGUUCUGGGUCGACAGCAUGGAAGACCGGGCUUGGAGUUGGAGUCGGACUGGGAGUCCCCGUUGUCGCUGGCAUCGCCAUCCUCAUAUUCUUCCUCUCGCGGAGGCGCCAAAAGCGCCGUUCGCGAGAUCGGGAGCUUCGAAAGCUAGCUCUGGGCGCUGAAAGAGCCCACUUCUGGGGUCGGGAUGAGCCUGUCAUGGCGAGUAGUAUUCGCAAGCCUGCUAUGCAAGAGGCGGACGUGAACAAUGACUACCCUUGGACCGCCAAUCGUGGAUUUGGCCGGUCAUCUAUCUGGCGCGAUAAAGGAGACGCAGUCGCAGAAAGGACUGGUCUGCUUGGGGAUACCCUCAAUCCCACAACCACAGGCCGUUCUGGCUUGAGCGCGAGGAUGUAUCGACCGCCCACACAAUACAGCGAGUACCGGAGAAGCGACGCCACUGGCGAUAUUCAUCCAAUCGACGAGCGGGAGGAAGACGAAGCGAAAGACGCAGGGAGAAUAGUCACCCAGGAAACGAUUGAUACCUUUAGGGAGUCGACGUUCUUAACUCCUCUGAGCACGACCGUGUGCGGAGAAUCGUACACUACUGGCUCGGCUGAACCAUCUGACUAUAUAGCUGGAAUCGGCUUCGACAGAGACCUGCCGUCUUCUCCGGACAGGGACGGCCGGACAUCAUCCAACCUCUCUGACUCUUCGGCGUCGGCCAAAUCGAUGCAUCAAUCCCGUAUAAUCAACUUCAGCUACACCUCGAGCCAACCAAGCAGCGGGCGCCAGUCACCCCAGAAAAUCGCCUCUAUGUCUGCCCUCAGUCGAGAACCAACCCGGAGCCGAGCGAAUAGUGCGGCACUCUCAUUCGAAAAACGCUACUCCUCUGAUUCCUACUCUACCGCUCAAACUACCCUCUCCCAGAGACAAGCCGAAGGCGAGCACCUCCUUCGCGAGGAUCCCGAAUCUUCCUCUCCGCUCGAUCUUUUUCCCAAACCCACCACCUUCCCCAAGCAAAGAGCAUCCGAAUGGAUCGGCAGCAAUGUCCGCAGAGUCCUCUCUCUGACUCGAAGACGCCCCACAACGGACCCAGACCCGACUACGGCACCCCUAGCCUCCGGCAUCGACCGAAGAAGCAUCCUCCUCGCUCCCACCCCUGCCUCAGGAUACGGACUCCCGCGCCGCUCCGUAAGCGCAUCGGCCGAACUCUUCAGACACAAACAAGGAGCCAGAGACUGGGGCGCGGGAAACCGACUCUCACGUAAUAUCGAGUCCCAGGUUCGUUACUCUCGAGACGACUCCGCGCUACACGGAUUCCUAGACCUCGGCCCAGACAGUGACGAAGACUGGGACGUGGAAGGAGCUGCCGAAGGCCGCCGCGUCCAGGUAACCUUCACUGUACCAAAAGAGAAACUCCGCGUCGUCAAUGCCACAGCAGGCGAACUGGAUAACUUCUCCGAAAAGUCUGUCAGCAGAAGCAAUAGCGAUGCUGCCAAGUGAGCUGUGCUUACCUUCUUCCUUUCUUGUGACCUUUUUUGGGUGAAUGAAUAGGAUGGGUGUCUGUGGCGAUGGUUGCAGUUGUGUUGAUACAUACCCAUAUACAUACAUACUGGGUUUCUAAGUUUUGGCUGUUGAUACGAUACUCCAUUCGUUACGUGUUGAUUUUGAUGUCAAGUUUAUAGUGUUUUUUCCCCCUUCGUUUCUUGUCUUAUGUGGUUCGAUUGGGAUGAUGAUGACGAUGAUUCCGAUGAAGGAAUUGUGGAUUUACGAGCUACGAGUGGAAUGAAUGAAAAUGAUCAGGCUGAUCCAAUAUCCCAUAGUCCCAUGAUCAAUGAUUGAGUUGCGUAGCUGGUGUGUAUCUCGUUUUAGUUCUGCUGCAAUGCUCCUAGAC